AUGAGCAGGCGAGAAUCGCGGGCGUCUAUGAACGCAGCGAAGCAGAAUGAUGUUCUCUUCGAGUUCGAGAACUACAAGAAGAAGUUUGCGCUUCAGAACAAGCAUAUCACGAAACUGAAUUCGACGCUGAGCGUCCGGAUCGAGGAGCUGACGGCCGAGGUAUCGACGUUGCGGGCGGAGAACCUGAUUCUGCGCGCGUCCGAGAACGCGCUCAAGGCCCAGCUCCGACAAGAGCACGAGAAGUCGAGGAAGAUCCUCGCGCAGGCAGAGGCGGCGAUUGCAGCCCAGUUCCAAGCCGUCAGGGCUGCCAUGAGGAUCGAGCCCGGCUCGCCACCACCUCCUUCCCCCAAGCUUCCCCGCGCGCAGCGGCCGCCGCCGAAGCAGUAUCCCUCCAGCCCCACGUUGUCGCCUUUGCGCGUGUGCCGCGCUCCCUCGGUCCCGGAGAUCAACGAGGAGGACGAGACGGGCGUGUCUGACUCGGAGGCCGCGCGGCGGAGCCCCACGUUGCGCAAGACGAAGGCCAAGCCGCGCCUGUCGGGAUCGCGACUGCCUAUGCCUCAGCGGACGAUAUCGCCACCCCUUGAUGCGACACCGGGUCCCUCGAUGCGCAUCGACUUUACGAGCCUGACGCCUGCGCCGCCCAAGCGCAUCUCGACCGCUCGGCGGCAGAGCGGUCUGCUCACCAUUGACACGCAAGUGGCGCGCGAGACUACGAAGAUGGAGCGGCCUGGCAGCCCCUCGCCUGUGCGCGAGACCAUCGACAUACCGGACGAGGAUGACGAUGAGGAGGCGCCACCGAAGGAGAAGAAGAAGCGAUCGCGCGUUGACAAGGAGCAGCAAGUCGUCGAGUCUACCGAGACCGUGCGGCGCAAGCGCAAGACGGCGGAGGCGAGCGAGCCGCCAGCGGUUCUGGCGUCGGUGACGAGGCUCAAGGACGUGACCAACGCCGUUCAGGGUGGGUUGCACGGUGGUUUUAAACCCCAGCGAGCGCCUAAAUCUCAGCCAGAUGAGGCGUCGCCACCACCUGAAGCUGCUCCCUCGCCGCGUCCAUUCCUCGCUGAGCCGGAAGACCCAAUGCGCCAACGAUCCUCUAGUCCCAUACCAUCUGAUGGAGACGCAGCUGGCCUUGGCGGCCGCGAACGACGUGUGCGCAAGAGCGUUAACUAUGCGGAGCCGAAGUUGAAUACCAAGAUGCGCAAGCCGGAUCCACCGCCUGGCAGCGCACCGGGUACUACUCACGCCAAGAAGCGCGCCUCUUCGUCUACCUCCUCUGCCCCGCGUACCUCUCACCCUCUCACUGAGCCCGAGGACGAGGAGGAGGAUGGUGAUAGGCGGGCCUCCCAUGUCAGGAAGCGUACCACCACGCCACGGGUAUCCAGCAACACCGAGCCCGAGGAUGACGCAGAGGAGCCCGAGCGUCGCACCUCUCUCGAACGCCGGAAGUCCCUCGAGCGACAUCGCGCUCGGGGGUCCGAGGCUGCUCCUCCCGAGGAGGACCUCCAACGUGCCGUACGGCGGAAGAAGUCGCGUCCGCAAGUCAUGCCGCCGGACGCGAGCGACGACUCGGAUGGUGGGGAUGCGGACGGGGAGUGGAUGCCCUCGACGAGGAAUUUUGUCAAUGUUGAGGGCCGCCGAAAGAGUAGUGCGGCGGGAGGCUCACGGCGAACUUCCAGGGUCGGCGACGAUGCGUUGCGAAGGCAUAGCGUCGCGGCGUAG